UGUAAAGAGUACGUUUGUCGAAUUUAUCAAACGAAGUUUAUUAAAGUGAGGCGCAGAAACAUGGAGGGUCAACAGUUUUGCUUAAGGUGGCAUAAUUUUCAAAACACGCUAUUAAGCUCCCUUCCUAAAUUGCUGGAUGGUGGUUAUUUAACGGAUGUCACGUUAAGUGCAGGUGGCAGACACAUACAUGCACAUAAAAUUAUACUUUCGGCUUGUAGUUACUAUUUCAAAGAGUUGUUCAAGGAUUUAAGUUCUUUGCAACAUCCUGUAAUUGUAUUACCUGGAAUGGAAUAUGCAAAUUUGUGUGCAUUAGUCACAUUUAUGUAUAACGGUGAGGUGAAUAUUUAUCAAGAACAAUUGCCUGCACUUUUGGCUAUGGCAGACACUCUGCAUAUACGUGGACUGGCAGACAUUGCUGGGAAAAAUUCGCGACACGACAAUGGUUUGUAUGUACAACCGCCACCGAUGCAAUUGCCAGAGAAAACGUUACCUGAAACGCCGAUAAAGAAAGAAAGUAAAGACAGUAUCACCAGCGGGGAGUCCCUGGAAACGGUUCUGGCAACCGAAUCAACGGAAAACACAGAGGAAUCGUUCAAUGACCAUGAAAGUAUACCGUACUGCGUGAAGACUAAGCCUUAUUACUCCAUUAAUGCAAAGUUGAAUCAGCGAGAAAAAAUCAGUAUUCCGUCUGUUAAUACAUCGUCCAAUAAAUACGCGGAGCAAGCGUAUUCGGAUAGUGGAAUGGAUGAAAGUACGUCGGUUUUAGAAGAUCAGAUCACUCCGGUGGAAGACACGAAACCGCCGCCAGUUUGGGACGCGAACUUCAAAUUUCUCACCAGCUCCGUGACCGGUCGGACGUCUCAAAAUUACAAUAAAUCCAGUGUCACUUGCCUUAUCUGUGGGAAACAAUUAAGUAAUCAGUACAAUUUGCGGGUACACAUGGAGACUCAUAGUAAUAGUUCGUAUAGUUGUACAGCCUGUUCGCACGUAUCGAGAUCGCGUGACGCGCUACGGAAGCACGUUUCCUACAGACAUCCGGUAGCAUCGUCUCAAAAACGUUCACGAUACAGCACACCGAAACCAUAG